AUGAAAAAAUUGAAUAAUAAAAGAGGAUAAUAUUCCCAUGGAGGUGGAAACAUGUGGAAAGAUUAAAAAGAUGAGAGCUUAUGGAGAAAUACUCACUCAAUGAGCAUGAUAGAUCUAGAUAAGAAUGAGCAAUCUGAAUUAAACAUCAAUGUUAACUAUCAUCUUGAAAAUGAGGAAAUAUUUAAAUAAGAAUCUAGUAAAGAUGAUCAUAUCUAUACCAUAAAGAAAUCUCUUGUAGAAAAGGAAUUAGAGAAGUUAAAUAGGUAAUAACAAAUUAAUCAAUUCAAUAAGGAUUUGAAAACUUUUAAUUUGGUGAAAUCACCUUCUAAAUAGAUGCCUAUAAUCUAAGAAAUAGACUAUGACAGUAAUAUUGGAAGAAUAAAAACGCAAGAUACUUAUGAUACAAACGACAAUUAACUUUCAAUAGCAGAUGUUUUAAAAUAAAGAAAAAAAUUGAUUCAAUAAAAUAAUCUUCUUAAAAAAUAAUUAAAUUCUUCUCGACUUAAGAAGAAUGUCAAUCCAAUAUUGAACCCAGACACUCAUUCAUCAGUCAUUACUAUUUCAACAAAUUCAAAUAAAGUUUUUGACGUUAAGCCUCUAUCAUUAUUAACUUCUUCAAGAUUUAAGUAAAAUAAUGCAACAGCAAAUGUUCCAUAGAAAAUAUAAUUACAUCAAAUACCAUCAUAAUUCUAAUUGAAGAAUCAAAUUAAUGAAAAACCCUUUAUAAGAGAUGCUUCAGUACUCAGUAAUUAGAAAGAUAGCCUGCCAUCAUUUAGAAGUUAAAAAUAAAAAGAGCAAUAGGAAAAAAAAGAUCCAUCUAAAGCAAACUAGAUCACUAAUGCUAAUAACAGUAAUGUAACUCUAACUUAUAAUGAGGCAGAGGACUUUAUUCUACUUAAAGAUAAUGGAAACUCAGAGACAUAUAAUUUUUUUCUAAAAAACGACAAUAUACCUUUAAAGACUAAAAAGUAAAUCUAAUCGCAUAUAGAAAACGAUGUUUGA